AUGGCUGACCGCGACCUCGCCAAUACAAGCAUCCGAACCGGGUCAUCUUCGGCCGAAUAUAUUUCCACGGACGGUCAAGUGAACGAGCUACACGAUAGGGUUGCAAAAGUCGCAGAGCGAUUUUCCAUAUCUUCUGGUUCUGGGGAGUUGCAGUCACAAGUACUCAAUCCAACGCCGGGCAGCAAGCUUGAUCCCUCGUCCCCAACAUUUGACGCACGGGUUUGGGUAAAGGAAUUUAUCAGAUUGACCGAAUCAGAUCCUCAGUCGGCACCUUCGCGCUCCCUUGGCGUUGCCUUCAAAGAAUUGGGUGUAUUUGCAUAUACCACGGCCGCAGAGUACCAAAAGACCACAGGGAAUGUACUCUUUGAUCGAGUUACUCUGAUCUAUGAGGGAAGGCAGAUAUUCUUCGGUCAAACCACUGAAGCCAAGGGCUACUUUGAGAGCCUGGGAUUUUACUGUGAGUUUUCGAGGCAAACUAUUCCCGAUUUUUUGACAUCCAUGACGAGCCCGGAAGAGCGGAGGGUGAGAGCCGGCUUCGAAGAUUCCGUGCCUCGCUCGGCAGAUGAGUUUGCAGAAAGAUGGCAAUCAAGUGAACAGCGAAAGAAAUUACUCUCUGAGUUUGCAUCCUAUGAGCAAAGACAUCCUUCAGAAGAGCGAGCGACUGAAUACUACCAUUCCAGGCGAGCUGAGCAGGCUAAGCAGCAGCGCUCCAAAUCUGCUUACACGAUAUCAUACACUCAACAAAUCUCUCUAACCCUUUGGCGCGCUUACCGGAGAUUGCUGGCUGACCCUGGGUUCACCAUUGCUUCCCUUUUGUUUAAUGUCAUUAUGGCGCUCAUCUUAGGAAGCAUGUUUUACAAUCUCAAGCCGGAUACAUCCAGCUUUUACUAUCGCGGAGGACUCAUCUUCUUCUCGCUCCUCUUCAAUGCCUUUGCGAGCCAGUUGGAGGUCCUGACAAUCUAUGCCGAACGCCCUGUUGUUGAGAAGCAGAAUCGCUAUGCUUUCUAUCACCAGUCAGCUCAGGCAAUUGCAAGCUACUUGACUGAUCUACCCUACAAGAUUGUGAAUAUGUUUGUUUUUAACAUUCUUAUCUACUUUAUGGCAAAUCUGAGGCGAGAGGCCGGUGCUUUCUUCUUUUUCUGCCUCACCACCCUCCUCACCACUCUGGUUCAGUCAGCCGUUUUCCGCACACUGGCCUGCAUAACCCGGACAUCUGAUCAGGCUAUGAUCCCUAGCGCCGUUCUCAGCCUUGGACUGAUGAUAUACACUGGUUUCACCACUCCACCAGAGUAUAUGCCUGGAUGGUCGCGUUGGAUGGCGUACAUCAAUCCCCUGGCAUACGGCUUUGAGGCUUUGAUGGCAAAUGAAUUCCACCAUCGGGAGUUUCCCUGUGUUGGCAUGGUGCCAAGCGGUCAGGGGUACACAAAUCUUCCGUCUGAGUCGCACAUCUGCUCUGUCGUUGGGUCGGAGGCCGGUUCGGCCUUUGUCAAUGGAGAUAACUAUAUCAACAGGUCUUUUGACUACUGGAAUGUGCACAAAUGGAGAAAUAUUGGCAUUCUCUGCGCAUUUUUGGCCUUUUUCUUUCCCGCCUACGUGCUUGCUGCAGAGCUUGCGAAGCCACCUAAAACACGCGGCGAAAUCUUAGUGUUCCGUCGCAACAAGGGCUCUCCCAAGCCAGAAAAGGCACUUUCCCUGGACGCCGAGAAUCAACUGCAAAAUCGCCCGCACAAGGUUGGCUAUGUCCAGCAGCAAGAUCUCCAUCUCAGCACCAUGACCGUUCGCGAAGCGCUUCGGUUCAGUGCGAUUCUUCGGCAAUCUGCAGAGAUAACCCGAUCCGAGAAGCUAAACUACGUUGAGCAUGUCAUCGAUACAUUGGAAAUGCGAGAAUUUGCGGAUGCCGUCAUUGGUGUUCCUGGAGAGGGUCUUAAUGUUGAGCAACGCAAACGUCUUACAAUUGGUGUGGAACUUGCUGCCCGACCUCAACUCCUGAUCUUCUUCGAUGAACCAACUUCAGGAUUGGAUUCACAGACAUCCUGGUCCAUCUCUGAACUCAUCAGGAAAUUGACGAAUAGCGGCCAGGCGGUUCUUUGCACAAUUCAUCAACCCUCUGCUAUCCUCUUUGACCAGUUUGAUCGUCUUCUCCUCAUCGCACCGGGAGGCAAGACAGCUUAUUUUGGUGAUUUGGGAAGUGGAGCUUCAACCAUGAUUGAUUACUUUGAGAAAAACAAUGCCUCUGCAUGCCCAGCGGGUGCCAACCCAGCUGAAUGGAUGCUACAGGUAAUUGAACCGCCUGCUGAUGACUCAAAAGCACAAGACUGGCACCAAGUAUGGCUAGAUUCUCCUGAAUAUCAGACAGUCAAGGCGGAGCUUGGUCGCCUUCGUGCUCUUCCACAAGCAGAACCCGCCGGCAAUGAAGACACCACAGAUGGAGACACUUCUCAGCAUCAGGAGUUCGUAGCCUCUUUUUGGACACAGUUCGGCCAAGUUUUACAACGCACUUGGAAGCAUCUCUGGCGAUCACCGACUUACAUUUGGUCCAAAACCAUACUGAUUGUUCUUUCUUCCCUCUACCUCGGCUUUAGUUUCAAUGCCAACAAUUCCAUCCAAGGGCUGCAGAACCAACUGUGGGCUAUCUUCAUGCUGCUCGUGCUGUUCAUCAAUAUCAAUGAGCAGAUCAUGCCCAUGUUCCUACCCCAGCGAGCGCUGUACGAGGCUCGUGAACGCCCGUCAAAGAUUUACAGAUGGACAACAUACCUACUUUCCAAUAUCCUCAUUGAGCUCGCAUGGCAUACCUUAAUGGCGGUCAUCAUGUACUUCUGUUGGUAUUACCCAGUAGGCUUUGUCCGAAACACAACGCCCGAUGACCAGGCUAUCCGCGGUUUCUCCGUCUUCCUCCUUUUAUGGGUGUACCUGCUAUUUACGAGCACGUUUGCCCACUUUGCCAUUUUCUGGAUUGAUCUUCCCGAAGUUGCAGGCGUAUUGACCAGUCUUUUCUGGAUGUUGUGUAUCCUGUUCUGCGGAGUCGGGGUUCCUAUAGUUGAUCUGCCAAAGUUUUGGUCCUUCAUGUAUCGGGUCUCGCCCGCAACAUACCUUGUCGGGGGCAUCAUGUCCAACGCAGUUGCCAACUCGAACGUUACAUGUGCCGACCGCGAGAUCCUCCAUAUGGCUCCCACUGGAAAUCUUACUUGCGAAGAAUUCCUAGGAGCUUAUAGGGAAUCCGCCGGUGGUUUGGUGUUAAACCCGACAGCGAGAAGUAUGUGUGAAUACUGCCCACUUGCCACUACCAAUGAGUUCCUCGCUCGAUUUCAAAUUUCGUAUGAUACGAGAUGGCGGGACUUUGGGCUCAUAUGGGUCUAUAUCCUGGUGAACAUUAUUGCGGGGCUAGGGCUUUACUGGGCGUUCAAGGUCCCUAAAAAGGGGGGUAGCAAGCGGGCUUGA